UGAAAGUGUUUCUUGAGCUCCGUACGGUACAGAUUGCCAUCUUACUCUGUUCAAAAACAAAUGAAAACUAAAAGGCUGCGUUGUCAUUUCAAAAAAAUUAUCCUCGUGCUUUUUCUAUUCUUGUUUUUAUUUUACGUAACUUGAUCGCCCACCUGUUUGAAGUCGAGACGCGCCAUAUUCAAGCAACUGAAAGAAGAAAAAUUUUCGUUUUGAAGGUUCUUAUACCUGCUUAAUUCCCAUAAAUUUCUUUGAAAAAUAGAAAAGUCAAAAUUAUUGCGACCCAUUAAAAAAUAGCAAGGUGGCAACUUUUCCCUUCCCUUCAAGUUUCCUAGAAUCGUUAUUAAACUGCAUCAUUUGUUAAUCUUUAAGUCCAGAGUUUGUUGCGAACAUAUGUAUUUCAUGGCGUUAUUUUGAUUAACUUAUUUCAGUUCUUAUUUGCAAAUACCACGAUAUCGGUCAAAAUAUAAAAACGCAGGGUGAAGCCCGAAGGAUGGAGGGAGAGAACUACAAAACACUUGGGAAAAUAGGUGACUAUGAAAUUGGCGCUAAAUGGCAAUGGAAAUUCAGUGCAGGCACAAUCCAGACAUUUUACCUGAAAACCUUGCUGUUCCUUUCACUGGUAUUAAUGGCAAGUACUUGCAUAAUUUUGGGGCUACAGUUCUCCAGAAUAUCGGACAGAGAAGCAGAGCUUCAACAGAUCAGCUUAACAAUCCUGAAACUCCAGUCUGAAGUACAGUUGGAAUUGAAAGAAAUUAAACAACUCAAGGCAGAAUUGUCUGUUGGAUCAAGAGAAAGGGAUGACGAUGAAAGCCCUGUUAUACGGGAAAAAAGGAGUAUUUCCAAAGGGAGCUACAACAUCACUGCCAUCCACCUGGAGCGGAACGUGAGCUUUUCGGUCACGGGCUCGAAUGGCAUAAUUAAUCGGUGGCAUCCACAGUGGCUCCCUGCCGGGGUGGAAAGUUUUCAACUAGAAGACCAUAAUUCCAGUUUAGUUAUUCCAAGCACUGGCUUGUACCUUAUCUACGCCCAGCUCUGCUACGCAGCAACAAAAGAUAACAACAGUUAUGAGGUACGGGUGAUUAGCCAAGGAGCGGACAGUUCCCAUUCAAAGAUCGUAGCUCAAUGUAGUGCUGGAACAACGAUCUUAGAUAAUGAGAUUACGUGCUACACCUCAGUUGUUCAAAUUCUACAAGCUAACGACAAAGUUUACCUGCAACAAAUACAAAAAAAUCGACACUUGUUAAUGGACAAGGGUCGAAGCUUUUUGGGAAUCGUUAAGUUGUCAUAAGGAAUUGCUAUUUUAUUUGAUUUGGAAUUUACCGACUUAAUCAUUGAUCCUGACGCAAUCCAGCAAAAUAAGGAAAGCAAUAAAAUUUGUGAUAAAAUCUGC